CGGUAGAAUACCGUCGGCAGUGGAAGGCACAUUUUUCUUCACGGCCUGGGGGAUACCUCAGUAGACUGAGGCUGCAGCAUUGAAUAGCCUAUAACCGAAUGCAGUGCAUGUGCAUCACCACCAGAGGACUCUCGUGCGUUCUAAGUGUUUGUGCAAUUGACUUUAUUGAGCCGCAGUUUCCUUUUCUUCCUAUCCUACUCCACACCUCAAAAGUGUGCGUCUUCCCAUUUUCAGUCCGCUGACCUGAAAACCUGCAUCAGGGCGCAAGAGAAACUCAGCAGACAAAGAUACAGUAUAUCCACACUGCAGUCAUGUCAACUGAAGGAGAAUCGAUUUUACAUGAUCAAAGUGACUUCGAAUAUGAUUAUGAGACACUUCGAACUACAGGGGUCAUCAUUGGGGUGAUCUUGUUUGUGUCGGGUAUCCUAAUAGCUCUUACUCUAAUACAGCAGGCACCCAAAUACCAAAGACAGAUGUGCCACCUCCAACAGUAUAGGCGAAGUGUACAUGGGGGCGAGGGAGAGUCAUCAUGGGAGGUGCCGCUGAGAGGCCAACACACACACUCACUUGUUUAUGGCUGACACACACCAGCGCCCAUUGGAACAUCAAGUAAUGGUGCACACUCAGCCCAAGCUGACCAGAAGAAUGACGGAAUUGUGAUUCUUGAUUUAAAUUAAAUGUAUAUCAAGCCAAGAUGAAGAUUUGACCCUUAACCGUCUUUGUUACUUGUGUAUUAGGUGCUAUCAAUCUACCUUGCCCAGCAAAAAAAAAACAUACCUGGCCCAAGAUCAGCUUUCAGGUGCGCUGUAAAUGUAUAUCAUGAUGUGGGUAGUGUUGAAACAGAACUGAAUGCUGUGCUCUCUCUGUUCCUUGCUUUUGACUUCAUGCACACCCAAGACAGUUGAUCGCAUGUCUCAUUUUACUGUAUAGUACUCUCAAUGCACUUUAGAAAUCUACAACUUUAUUAUCCAGUUGUGUGAGAGGUCUUUAACGUUUAGGAUUUCACAUUGGACCUGUAUUUAUAACCUCCAGCAUGAAUUAAGAUAUCAACCCAACCCCAUUAUCCCACUCUGUUUUACUGAGGGUUGGCUCAGGAUCUAUCUGCUGUCAUUUUUGAUGGCAUUAAGUGGAUUGUCGUGGGUGGUUGUGUUCUAGGUAGCAAUGAGAAGAAUGUCAACCCCAUGUCUAAUGUUAAUUUUGCAGGAAUGAAGUCUCCUGUCAUUCUCUGGGGUCUGUAAGAGGGUGCCACCAGUAUAGUAUUGUAUGUCAAUGGCCUUUUCCUUUCUCCUAAUGCAUUCUAAGUUACAUUGCACGAGUAGAAUCAUUCAAAGCACUAAAAAGGUAUUACCUUGGGUUGAAGGAACGGGCAUUUUAAAAGUGUGUGAGUUUAAGCUUAAUGAAAAGAUCAAUACAUUAAGAUAAGAAGGCACAGUAACUACCUGCAAAUAAACGUUCUAUGUUAUCAUUAUUUAGAGCUGUUUCUAACUUGCUGAAAGUACAAUGUCUGUUAACUUCAGCUCUUUUUAUUUCCCGGUAUGUAGCACUAGUAAUGCCUGAUACUGAGCCAAUGGCGUAACAGUUAACCAAAAGCAAAUGAGUGAUUCUCACCAGAGCUAACCAAUAAGACAGCUGCUGCAAUAAAAAUCACCCUGUAUACAAUGGUC